UGUCCAUCCUCGUGAAAGAAAUUUUCAUUUCUCUUCAAAACCCUGAACCAAGCUUUCUUUUCUAUUGCCAAAUCCACAAAUGUGUCCUUUUCCAUCGGAUUUGAUCACUGACAUACUUUGUCGACUUCCCGUGAAGACACUACUUCGCUUCAAAUGCGUGUCCAAGCCAUGGGGUUCCCUCAUAGAUGACUCAGAUUUCGUCAAAAUCCAUCUCCAUCAGUCCUUGAAAACCAGCACCAAUAUCAAGCUCUUUCUUGAUAAUUGUGUAGAAAAUGAUAACGAGGCCUAUGCAGUGGACUUCGACUCGCUGUGCAACUUGGUGCAAUUUCCUCGUCCGUUUACAGCUGAAGCAAACAAAUAUCAGUCCAGAAUAUUUGGUUCUUGCAACGGUUUGCUUGCUGUAUACCAUCGUCAAGAAGGCAUUGCUUUGUGGAAUCCAUCAACUAGAAAAUACCAUUAUCUGCCAACAUUAGGUGAUGAUAUAACCAUGGAUCAUGAUAUUCUACCUGGAUGCGGGUAUGACAAGAAUACCAUACUCGGAUUUGGGUAUGAUGUCAGCAACAGCGAUUACAAAGUAGUGAAAAUGUUCAGAUCCAAGACUCAAAAUUGCUUCAAAGUUAUGAUUUAUAGCCUGAAGGCUAAUUCUUGGAGGAGGAUUAAGGAUUGCCCUUAUGACAUUUUUACUAAUUACAAUGACGGUGCUUAUGUAAAUGGUUCCCUGCAUUGGGUAGGAGAUGAAAUAGAUGAAUUUUUUGGAGGUAAAGUGAUCUUUGCUCUUAAUCUUAGUACUGAAGAAUAUUUUGAGGUUCCUGAAGGUGACAUAAGCUUCAAAAAGAACAAAUGUGGCGGUGAUUGUACAAUUUUCGGUUACAUGAAUGCAGGGGUGCUGGGAGGAUACUUAUGCGUUUCCCGUCGGUACUCAACUUGUUCAAUCGAGGAACAUGUAAAUUUAUGGGUGAUGAAGGAAUACGGAGUCAAAGAGACUUGGACUGAACUACUUCAUCUGUCACGAGACGAAUGGCUGACGAAUAUAUUUCACACUAGAGCUAUAGCAUAUUCCAGGAGUGGUGAAAAGAUAUUGCUAGAUGAUGGCGGAGGUUGUCAACCUGCUUGGUUCAAUCUGGGGAAUGAAACAGGGGAGACUCUGUGUAUUCUAGGGGUACCCCAAUGCCAACGCUUUUCCACAAUCAUUUACGUGGAAAGCCUGGUUUCUGUCUAUUAAAAAUUGA